UGUCCAGUGCUCUUGACAUGGGUGAACUGCUCCAGCGUGCGAUGGGCAACCAGAGUGCAGGACAUCUUCACGGCAGGGAAGCUGCUGGCCUUGGCCCUCAUCAUCAUCAUGGGCAUCGUGCAGAUUUGCAAGGGAGAGUACUACUGGUUGGAGCCGGCCAAUGCCUUCGAGCCCUUCCAGGACUAUGACGUGGGAUUGAUAGCCUUGUCCUUCCUCCAAGGCUCCUUCGCCUACGGGGGAUGGAACUUCCUCAACUAUGUCACAGAGGAGCUGGUGGAUCCUUACGUGAACCUCCCCCGCGCCAUCUUCAUCUCCAUCCCACUGGUGACUUUUGUCUACGUCUUCGCCAACAUUGCCUACGUCACGGCCAUGAGUCCACAGGAGCUGCUGGCCUCCAACGCCGUGGCUGUGGUGAGUGGCGCCGACAAGCGGUUACCGCGAGACCGAACCAAGUCCGAACUCUGGGCUACCAUAGUUAACUGGCCAGUUGGGCAAGGCCCUCCUCCAGGGUCCAGCCUUGUAGCACUGCAGCUUUCCAUAACAAAAGCCCUUGGGAGGAACUGCAGAUCCAGCUCAGAAACCACCACCCCUGAACUGGGCGGGAGGCACUCGAGCGCUCCAAUUUUCCGAGUUCUAUCCACCCUCCGUCCUAUCAUUGGAACUUGUGAUUCAUGCGGUUACUCUCUUCACUGCCGGUAGCCCGAACUGGCGAAGAAUGCACCCACACGACUCCCGUGAGUGGACGUUCACCACCUCAGCGCCCUCUAGCUCUAUUCUUCCAAGUGCCAACAAUCACUCUUGUUGGAAAAUCGCCACAGAACCUUUGAGUUUUGCC